CAAUUCAUUGGGUUUGUUGACUACUGACGAAACUAUUCGCCUUUUCUAGUCUACUCUACUCUACUAUAAUCAUCUACAACUCCUUUCAUUUUUUUCUAAUUUAUUGACUUCUUAAUUCAACAACAACCACUACAAAGGAAAGCACUUAACUUUUUUUACUUUCUUUUUAUCUUGUUCUUCAUUGCUGCUGCUUCCAAUCUCUUCUUGGAGCAAUGGAUAUCAGAUUGGUUCUUUGUUUAGCAACUCUUCUUCUGUCAUUUGUUUCAACUAUUUCAACCAAUUCUGAAGGGAAUAUACUUCAUGGUUUAAGAACAAGACUGUCUGAUCCUAAUAAUGUUCUUCAAAGUUGGGACCCAACUCUUGUGAAUCCAUGUACUUGGUUUCAUGUCACUUGUGAUUCUAACAAUCAUGUUAUCAGACUAGAUUUGGGUAAUGCAAAUAUUUCUGGUAGUUUGGGUUCUGAGCUUGGUCAACUUCAACAUCUUCAAUACUUGGAGCUUUACAAGAAUAAUAUCUAUGGGAAAAUCCCAAAGGAAUUGGGUGAUUUGAAAAGUCUUGUUAGCAUGGAUUUAUAUGACAACAACUUACAAGGACAAAUCCCAAAAUCUCUUUCUAAAUUGAAGUCUCUUAAAUUUCUGCGUUUGAACAAUAACAAAUUGACUGGAUCUAUCCCAAGGGAGCUUACUAAACUAUCAAACCUCAAAGUGUUUGAUGUUUCACAUAAUGAUCUUUGUGGAACAAUUCCAAUUGAUGGCCCAUUCGGAAGUUUUCCCAUUGAAAGCUAUGAAAACAACGAUAGACUCAAUGGACCGGAGCUUCAAGGACUAGCAACUUAUGAUUUUGGAUGCUAAUGAGAACUGAUUCAAGAGAAGAACACCCAUUCCAGGUUCUAUUCGAAGUGUAAUUAGCUCCUAUAAGUUAAUUACUACAACUCGCCUGCAAAAGAGAAAGAGAUCUUACAUUCUUAUUGUAGUAUUUGCGAAAGACUUGGUUCUUUAGAAAAUUAGUCUGGUGAAAAACAGAUCGACUAAUGUAACAAAUAAAAACAAGCUAUGUGAAUUGUGAGACUAGCAUGUAUUGCAUUUAGAUCUUGUGGGAUGAUGGUUGUAUCUGUAACAAAAAGGUUAUAUAUAAAAAUAUAUUUGUUUCUAUGGA